AUGAAACAGUGGAGCACACCUGCAUUUCAGGCUGGGGAACACCUGUGCACCCACGGCUUGAACAAAAGAGUUCAGUCCUGUUAAUCCACAAGGGGUGAAAACUGAUCACAGGCCAUGCGUAGGGGUGCAGCACUGAGGGAACCUUGUUAGCGUUUCUAUAAGAAAAAAAGCUACACCUAGGCUAUCGAUUUAGGUGCAGUGCUAACUAAAGUAGUGAGGUACUUUAGAGUGUUUUUAGGGGGGGCCAUAACCGAGGUGUAGCAACCCAUCGUCCAAACUACAAGUCCAUCAUGCUCAUUAAGAACUAUGAGGAUAAUACUGAAACUGAUAUCUCAUUUUAUAUCUGGGCUAUGAAGAUAUGGAAUAUGCUGUAGCUAGGAAUGGAACAAGAAUGUAUACGGUAAGCUGUUAACCAUUGAUCUUCAUCAUCAUCACCAUCGACAACAAUAAUAGUACAACUAGUUAUACUAUUACACGUUUGCUUUCAUUUUAAGCAUCGGUAGUCUGAGCAGCAACAGUAGUUGGUAGCUAGAAGCAGUAGUAAUGUAGUAGUAACUGUAGUGUAAUAGGAACAUCAGAUAAUAGCAAAGUAAGUUACUGUGGUAGUACUAUAGUAGUAACAGGCAUAGGUGAUGAUAAUAGUAAGAACUGUGGCACAAGUGAUAAUGACACUACUAAAAAUUAUCAUUACCACAGAUAGUAAACUAGAUUGCAAUACAUUAUUAUCAAUGAAUCAGUAAUAAUAGCUCGACCUUUAGUUUUAGAGAAAAAAACGUUUUCCAAUAUCUGCAUAUUAAUAUGAUAGUGGUGAAUGCUGUACUUUCCAAAUUAUCAUUAUAAACAAUGGCCAAAAAUACAUGUCUGCAUUUCAAACUUUCAUUGUUAAAUUUAAAUGAGAAUACUUUGAGAUUCCAUUCCAGUGAAUGAAUGUGAAUAUGACUAUUACAUAUUUUUUUUCAAAUUAAUUCGCAUAGCAUAUAGGAUAUUUUAUGAGUAGAUCAAAAACAUCAGAAUAAGUUCAUAAAUCUCUGAAUUGGUAGGCUACUUUCCAACUGGUUGCCUACAACUAUUCUACCUGACUUUUCAACCUAUGCAAAAAUUGUUUUUCAUAACGUUUUAUUGUAUUGUUAUUAGUGCUAAUGGCAAUACGUAGUUCCAUCUUUGAUAUACUGAAAAGAAAGACGCAUAGGAUACAUUGUUGCAUAUCGGCUUCAACGAGUCAGUGGUCAUCUAUAGAAGAGUUCUAUCUUCCCUAUUGGCUGCACACGCCGGACAGUGUUGCUUGAAUUUCCUUGGCAAUGAAAAAGCACAGCCGACUAUUGUGUGAAGUACAUGACAAGAAACAAACAUUAUAUAUGUAAUAUAUAUAUAUAUAUAUAUAGAUAUCUAUAUAUAUAUAUAUAUAUAUAUAUAUAUAUAUAUAACGUUAUACAUAUGCAAUAUAUAGUUGUUGGGAUGAUUUGAAGUUGUUCACAAUCAUCCGCACAAACUAUGGCUUCAUAAUUUAAGUUAGUACACAGCAAGUAUCGAUAAAGAGAGAAGUGAAACUCAAGAGGAUGGAAAGAAAUAAACACUUUGGUUAAAACUUACCAAAACGCAGGUUUAUUUCCUCUAGGAAAACAAGAGCCACAAGGUGAGAAGAAGUCUUUGUACGUUCAGCUUCUAGAAAUCUUCACACGUGACUGUACAAGUUAACCAUAAAGCAGAAAAAUGAACAACAAGCGCAGAGUAAAUAAAAGCUCAAAUAUUCCUCCGCUGGUGCUGCACUCAGAGAUACACGCGUUGUCUUGCGCUCCUGCUGUCUUCAGUCAAUGCUGCUGUUAUUACUAAUGUAACAGAAAAAGCAGUACACUGAGUCCUGUUUGAAUGCUCUCGCAUGACGCGUAAUGCGAAGAAGUAGCUUGUUUUUGCAAUGCGAUUCAAUACAUCAAGAUGUAUUCCACGAACUAUUUGGGACUAGCUUAUUAGAAUGCAGCCCCAGGGGAGCACUUACGCGGAGUUGAAUGUUGUUAUUUUUUGGAGUGCUACGACCCAAUGUGACGUCAUGUCCACCUGCUAUGUAAACAAUAAACGAUUUGGAAGUUACAUGUUUGUUCCCUUUUGGAAGUCUAAGAUAAGCAAACAGUCCCAUUUUCAGUUAAAUCUUGUUUCCAGAUGAAGCCAGCUCCGAGAUCUAUAGUUGAUCUAUAAAGUUGGCCACUGGAGAAAGACAAUAGUGUGAGAAAAGGUAAAACAAAUUGAAAUAUUUCAGUAUCCUAAUAAGGUGUAUUGUAUUCUAUAAUAAAUAUAUGCAUUGUUACUUGUAGACUAACCUACUGAUCCUGAACAGAUAUGAAUCAAUGUGAGCAUCAAUAAGGAUGUUUAUUUGGAAGGUUUGCACACAACACGGAAAUAAAUUAUCUAGACAACAAACAGCAAUUACUAAAACGUUUAGUGCACAUUUACUAACUAAUCAGUCCCAAAUAAUAUAUAGCCUGACGGUUUUUUAUAAUAUUUUUUGUAAUUUUACUCUUUUGUGAGGAGAACUUAAAUAGGCCCACUGUUUACUAAAUUCUCAUGUGCAGAAUAAAUAUGUGCAGAAAUAGACUAUGAUUUAGAUAAACAAACAAACAAUCACCAUUAACAAACAAACAAUCACCAGAAUAAGCUAUAAAUAUAGCUAAUGUUGGCAUGUAAAUGUUGAUGAUAAGCCGUUUGAUCUAUUGAUGUGUGAUCAAUAUACUUAAGUCAACUUUGUGCCAUUGCAUUUUGAUUGGUCUUGUUUGUAAAACAUUUAAAAUUGGACCAGCGCUAGAUAUCAAUCUAUUAAGAAAUAUCUUCAUGUUUUAAACCUUUAUAAAUGUAAAAGCUAUUUGUCAUAACGCACUGUCUGCUCCUAACUGCAGUGAACCUGCAUUGAUCGGUGUGGACCGGAGAGAUUGACGUUCAAGGUUUGACCUGCUGCAUGUUGCGUUUAUUUACUUUUCCUAUAGAUAAAAUAUUGGGUGAAAGUUGUUUGUUUUACAUAUACAGGAAAAACAUAUUCUCCUUAAUGCAAGUAUAUAUAUAUUUUUAAUUACAAAGUUGGCUUAAUGAAACUGAAACAUAUGUGUAUUGAUGAAAAGUUUGAUUGAAAUCAGUUGCAUCCGUUUUUAUGUGUAAAAAGAAGGUACAUUCAUUUCAAUGUGACGUUCAAACUUCUGCUUUGUUUAAAUGUUAGGGAUGUGCUUUUAGUAUUUUAUUGUUCCGUUUUGUUAUGCACAAAUAAUAAACAAUUCUCUUAUGUUAAAAACAAAUAUUACAUAUCAUUGUCAAACUUGUAACCAAUUGCAAACUUGCAAUUUACACCAGUUAAUCUGCAUGUGCAUGUGAUAAAUAUAUAAAAGGGAAUAUUGUACAUUAAAAAUUAAAUAAAUUCAUAUACAUUUUAUAAAAAGGUAUCAACGAUUAAGAUGAAAAUCUUUAAAUCGUUUAAAAUACAAUAUGAUUUUCGUAAAAGAUCAAAUUCCAUGAAAUUUUGGAAGAUUAUAAGUGAGUUUGAGCGUUCCAUCAUAAUUUCUAGAAGUAGGAGGAAAGAUCAUUUUGGAUGUCUUGAAGUAUAAAAAAACGGAUAUAGCUCAUGUGUGGAAAAUGGUGCUUUGCUGUCACCUACUGGUAAUUUAGUGUCCUCCAUUCACACUGGUCACAGGUAUGUACUGCAUGUCUUAUAAUAGGCUAAUAAAUGUAUAUUGUUUACCUAUCUAUUAUUGACUUUACCUAACCUAAUGCAUUUGAUGAUGUUGAAAUGUAUAUACCCAUCAAAAGUAAUAUAUGUUGAGGUCAGACAUGGUGUGCUGAAUAGAUGACCUCAUGCAGUAUCAAAGUACUUGGGUAUGGAUGGAAUCCGCUUUGGUCAUACACUGCCAUGUACUGACCUGAUUAUUCAGUACAGUAAAUAUCAUACUCAUGUCAGUUUCAUUUUAUGUAGAAAUACCAAUGCACUGUUUUGUUGUAAUGUUGAAAACUUCACCUGCAAUCAAGACUAAAAGAAUCCAUCUAGCCUCAGUAACAACCUUGCACAAAGAAUCCAUUGAGAGUGAAACCGGUCUACAUACCUGGGCUGUAUUGUAUAACUAGGCCUACAGCCUAUUGAAAGGGGUAUGUUAGAUGUACAGGUAUACUUACAAACUCCUAUCUGCCCAGAUUCAAGGAAUUAAAAUGUAAUUUUACACUUACUCUUACAUCAAAAUCAGAUUGGUGCUUGUUUGAGAGCCAGGGAGAGCUUGGCUACUGUACAAUAAUUUACCCUGAAGUUGCUUUAUUUUCUAAGUCCUAUCUCCUUGUCCUCACUAACCUGAGACUUGGGGAAUUAUAGUAGUAUGAUGGCAAGAGGGUAUAGGACAGAUGAGGAAUCCAUUGUAGAGGAUUGAGACUCGGCCCUGGCUCCACUUUGAUCCAUGACUUGAGGACUUUAUCGACACCUGCAAGUGACAGAUGCAACCUGCAUGCAACACUUGCGGUCUGGGGAACAUUAAACACCAUACACCAUCGGUAAGUGAAAGCAAAUUCAUCUCAUUCUGUCAUUUAAUAUAUCUACACAGAUGAGUUCAAUAUACAUUUUUGCCUGUCUUAAAUUUGUUAUAUUGUUUUCGUUAUUACUGGUAUAUUUCUAUAUUGCAACAGAUAUGAGAGACGUUAUGUUGGGACGGAUGAAUGCAGGGGCCAGACUAGCAUAUUAUAUGAGACCUAUUAAUAGGCCUGGCUUACACCACAAUAUUCAGCUGUAACUGGACCCUGUAUGUCAAGUCAUGUCCUCUCGAGUGUCGUCACAGCCUAGGGGCACUCUUGUUCUGUCCUUCCUUCCCAAUGUAGCCAGACAGCCAGCCCACUGAUGUCUGCAGACGAUCCAAGGCCUCUCGGACCCUCAAACUUCAUGGAGGCUCCAGACACCAGAACCUGGGGCAGCAGGGAUAUUAAAGAGGGGGGAGUGAGGGAGGAAGAGGAGCGAGGAAGCCUCUCCCCACAGAAAGGCGCCACGGACGAGUCGGACGAGUCAGAUGGUUCGGAGCUCGAGCCCCCGGCCGUCAUCCGUAGGAAGGUGUCCUUCGCUGACGCCUUCGGUCUGGAUCUGGUGUACGUCAAGGAGUUUGACAGUACAGACCUGACUGGGGCAGAGGUCGCUGACCCCCCGGAGUCCCAGGUCAAAGUUAAAGAACCGGACGAGUAUUUCCUGUCAUAUUUGUUUACCGUGCCCUCGUCUCCGGAGGAACUCGAACAGAGACUCCAGGAUCAGAAGCUGGAGCUGGAGAGCAUUGAGUUACUUCCUGGCACCACCACGCUCAGGGGUAUUGUCAGGGUGGUGAACUUUUGCUACAAUAAAUCCCUUUAUAUCCGGAUCACUCUGGAUAGCUGGAAGACCAGCUUUGACCUGCUGGCUGAGUACGUCCCGGGUUCCAGCGAUGGAACAACAGACAGGUUUGCGUUCAGGCUUACCCUCGUGCCUCCCUUUGAGAUGGAGGGAGCCAGAGUGGAGUUCUGCCUCAGAUACGAGACAUCGGUGGGCACUUUUUGGGCAAACAACGGUGACAUGAACUAUGUGCUUUUCUGCCACAAAAAGGGAGGCAGAGACCUGAUAGCGAUGGAGCCUCAGUUAGAGGAAGUAAAUAACAGGAGAGAGAAGAGAAGCUGUCUGAAAGUCAACAGGUGAGGAGUCAUCCCGGUACUAUUAUUGUUCCCUCUGAUGACAGUAAGCGGUUAAAACACACUAUUACUGAAGUAUUAAAGAACUAAGUAUUAAUCACUAUAUUAUAGAUUACAAACAAGUAGUUCUGCCAGCAAAUUGAGUAAUAGGCUUAAAUAAUAUUAUCUCUUAGUGAAAUAGGAAAAUAUUAAAUUAGUAGUGUGACACAUUUAUAAAAAAAAAGUACUUUUUCUUUCUAUAAUGGUAGAUGGAUCACCUGUGCAUGAUUGUUGGAUUGUUGGAGUUAGCUUUUUCAGAGAUUCCCGUUGUGCAAGGCUACUGUAUCAAAUAGCUCCCCAUGAGAUCUAGUGUCAGUCCAGCUUUCCAUGACAUCUGAUAUUGACUGGAAAAUAAAAUAUGUUUCCUUUUUUUUUUUUUUUUUUUGUAACUUUAGGACCAAAAGCAUAACAACCUCUGUGUUUUGAUUAUUGAGGAACCGUAUUCCUUAUUCUUUUGCCCCAUAACACUUCAUGUAAUUUGAUCUCUCCUCUGUGUUGACAGUAAGAUGAACAGUGCUGAGGAGAACCCUGUGGAGACCACUACAGACGCUCCAGGUGUGUAUCGCUCAUAUUAUUAUGUCUGUGAAAUCUGAACACCAUGCUUGUGAAUCUGAGUCUGUGAGACAUUUAUUUUCCAGAUUCAGCCACACAUAGAGCAGAGGGGACUGACAGGAAAACAGUGGACAACGCAGAGCAUUUGCACUCUAUUUUGAAUCACGAGGAUUACCAUCACAAACAUUUGGUGAGGUCAAUAAUUUGUACUAAAGGGCUGACAAACAUAUUGAUAUGUCCUGGGUGGGGUGCUAUGCUACUACCACAUACACAUUUGACACAAAACAGUAUUUAACACAUUUCUCACCAUAAAAUACAUAUAGUUAAUAAGUUUGAGCAUUAUUACCGACCAUAAUCUUUCUGCAGUAAGGCAUGUCUGUACUUCAGUUAGUUACGCAUGAGUCAGUGUAACAUACUGUACGUGAGGAGGCAGUGAGGAAUUUUACAUGAUACUUCUUUUAUUUCAGUCAUGUGAAACGAUUUAUAUGAUUUGUGCCACUAGUAAAUGCUGGGGGCAAGUAUGUAAAUAAAAAUAGGUAUUGCACCCAAAGUUCCAAUCUCAUUGCAAUAUUCUACAAAUGUUACAUAUUUGUUUUAUUGCAAUAAAUUAACAUAUGUGUUAUAUUAGUCCUUGUUAGAUCAGAUGUUAAAACGAAGUAAGUCCAAACCUAAAUAUGCCCUUUUCCUUCUCUUGUUGACUGACAGGGGGAUAGUCAGAGGAGCAGACGAAGGGUGGCCCGUUCAGCACAAGUGCAGGAAUACUUCUCUCAGCAAGAGCAGGCGGCAAGACAGGAACACAUUUCCAAUGAGCUACCACAUAACGGACUGGAGAAACCACCUUCACUGCCUGAUAUCAGAAUCAAACCCCUAGGGGACAGCGCCUCCAGUCUCCUACGAUUACGCCAGAAGAAACAAGCCAAUGAUACCCCUCAAAUAAUGACGUACCACCAGAUACCCCUACUAUCCCUGUACUGGGGCAAAGAUAAAGUGCGGGCGGUGACUCCAGAUGAGGAUGAUAUCUGGAUUAGAACGAGGACCACACCUCAGGUCACAUCAGACAAGUCAGAGGAUAAUCUGGGAGAACAAACCUCUGUUUGUGAUUUGUGGGAAGCCUUUCUCAAUGGCACAGACUCCAAAGAUACCACCAGUGUGCCAGAGUCUGAAUGGCUGCAGUCAGCAACUUCAGUUUGCCCGUCAAUCGAAAAAGAGUAUUUUGAGGCUUCCUCAAAAGUCGAGAACCAACAGGAGGAUGACUUGGACUCAAAUACACAAAGAUACACACACUGCACAGUAGAUGAACUGCCGUCGUGGGCUCACAAUCAUGUGAUGCCUGUGGUCAGUGCCGAGAAGCCACUGCCAAGAUCGGGUGUCACCUUCCCCAGAGACGACAAAGCGAUGGUUUAUGAUCCUUCGCAAAGGUCAGAGGUUAUCCCUGUAACAGACACUCUACAGGAAUCCAUUCCCUCGGGUGCCGCAAGGGUGGCCGGGGGCUCUGUUGACAGCACGGCUCAGUGCUACAAGCCUUUCACACCAUAUAGAGCAGAGCCGGUAACAAGCUCGGGGGAGACCGAGACAACAGAUAUGACAGCAAUGGCGGAAUCUCAGAAUGCCAUUGCAGCAGAUAGAAUCUGUCAGGGAGAAAGGCAAGACAAGACGCUUUCUUCCGACAUGGAAGUAGAGGUUAAAGGAAAUGUGCACAAAGCAGCUGAUGAUACUGUGACAUUUAGGGAGACAGUCAGAGAGAGGACAGAGGAUAAGACGAACACACAGAGCCAUGGAGUGGAGGAGGGAUUUGCACAGACCAACAAAGAGGAUGAGCUGUUCAGGCAGAACCAAACAGAGGAAGAAGAAUUCACACAAGACCUCACAGAAGAAGUGUUGCAUAGACAAUGUCAAGCAGUGGAAGAUGAAUUCAGAAUUAACCGAAGAGACAAAAUGUAUUUAGAACUGAACCUGACAGAGUUUGAAGAAUUCAGGCCGAGUCGAACAUAUGAAGAUGAACUCAGGCUCAAUCAAACAGAAAAAGAAGAAACAAGCCUGAAACAAUCAGAAGCGGAAGAAUUCAGACUGAAACAAACACAUGAAGAGGAAAUCAGACCAAACAAAUCAGACAAAGUUGAAAUCAGACCAUUUAAUACAGUGGAAGAUGAAUUAAAACCGAAUCAAUCAGAGGCAGAGAAAUUAAGAUCAAAUCAAGAAGAUGAAGAGGAAUCUAGACCGAACCAAACAUUUGAUGAUGAAUUCAACUGGAACCAAACUGAGGUAGAGGAAUUAAGACCGAACAAAAUUGAGAUGGAAGAGGAAUUCUCACCAAGCCAUCAAGAUGAAGAAGAUGACAGACGGAGCCAUACAGACAAAGAAUUGCGCCUGAAUCAUAAAGAUGAAGAGCUAGACAGAGAGAACUGGACAUUUGCCGAAAAAUUCAGACCGAACCAAACACCCAAUGAAGAAUUCAGAUCAAAUGAAUUAGAGGAAUUGAGACUGAGUCAGUUUGAUGAAGAACAGAGAGACAGAGAGAACCUAGAAGAGGUUGAAGAAUUCAGAUCCAAACAAACACACGAAGAGCGAUUCUGGUCAAAUAAAAUACAAGACGAUAUCUAUCAGAGCCUAAAUGAAGAGGAGCUAUACAGAGACAUUGAUAUGGAUAAAGAUUCAUCAACACACAACAUAACAGACCCCGAAGUAUUCAGGGAAAAUAACACAGGAGAAGUGGAAAAGACAGAAAAUGUAAUGGCCGAAAUGUCCAGACAGAGAGACAUAGAACAGAUAAAUGAAGAAAUAAGUAUCGAAACUCCUGAAAAAGAGGAAGUUGAGGAUUUAACGGACGAGACAGCGAACACUCGAAAUGAGAGUGAGGACGUGUCAACAGAAAAGGAAGAAGAGCAUGAGGUGACAAUGGAAAACGUUGAAUGCCCAAGACAAGACGAAAAUGGAAAGUUGUUAGAAGGGUCAAAAGAACUUAUUAUCAAGGAUGAUAAAGAAUCAUUUGAAAAAGAAGUAGAGUUAGGUGAAGAUGAGAUUUUCACAGAACAGAAAUGUUUGAAUGAGGAAACGUUAGAAGAGGUUGAUAAUAGUCCUUUAGCUGAACAAGACAAUGAGGAAGGAGGAGAUAGAGGAGAAACUGUCAGAUGUACCUGAAGUUGUUCAAAAUGUACCGAUCCACCAGACAAAACGUCUUACUAAGAAAAUGGUGACUGACAUAGACUCCUGGGUAGAUUCUCUCAUGAAUGGCACGUACAGUUCCCGAUUUGACCUUUAAACUGAGACAAGGCCUUAGCCAAACUACACCCAGUAGCAAUGCAGAGCCCUCUAUGGGCCAAGCCUAUGUGUCAUCUCCAAACAGAGGUACAACUGUCCUCUCUCAUUCAUCGCCUCUAAGCACAAGAUUUAACACAGUGGUUCAGUGAAGGGGAGUGAGUCAAUGGUCAGUCAAUGGUCAACCCAAAACCCAUCGUCAUUAGAGGAGGAUCAGGAGACCAUCAGCAGCCGUUUGAGCCCUCCUCCCUCUGAGAAAGUGGAGGAUGCUGCCAGCAGCGUCUUGGCAUGGUUGAGGGUGUUCUUCUCUCUCAG